AUCUCAGUAUUAUCCAAUACAACAACAACAAGGUAGAAGCAAGGAAAAGUUUCAAACGAUCGACAAUGCGAAUACUUCUUUCCUUAAUUCUUUUCGUUAGUGUUAGUGAAUUUGCGAGAUGUGCAGAAAUUUUGGCAGUCGUACCAUCACCAUUCUUCAGCCACCAAGCAACCUUCAGACCUUUAUGGCUCAAACUGGCUGAAAGAGGCCACAAAUUAACAUUGAUCACAACAGAUCCAAUGGAGCCCAAUGAGAACAUCACACAAAUAAAUUACAACGGAUCCUAUACAAUAAUGAACAACAAGAUAGGAGGGGUCCUCAAAAGUAACUACAACUUGUUUAGCAUCGUCUUGGAAUUCAUCAAUGCCUCUGACGAAUUCAUGACGUAUCAAUUCAACCAUCCAGGCCUGAUGGAACUCUUGAACAGCAAGAAGAAAUUCGAUCUCAUGCUGGUGGAGCUUCUAAUGCCAGGAUGGCCUUUACUGAGCGUGAAAUUUGGCUGUCCUUUCAUCGGUUUGAGCACCAUGGAUGGCCAUCAGAACAUGCACGCUGCAGUUGGCAAUGCUAUACAUCCUGCGAUUUACCCGUAUGCUGAUUUGGGAAUAGGAGAAAAUCCCUCACUCAAAGACAGGCUUGCAAGUACAGCUUUUGUUGUGAUGAGCGAGCUAGUACUCAACAAUGCAAUGAGUUAUAUCGGUAAUAAAUACGCUAGAACUUAUAUUGAUAAGGACCUUCCCGAUGUUCGAGAUGUCUUCAGUAAUGUUAGUAUGAUCUUCAUCAAUUCCAAUCCUAUAUUUUUUCCACCAAGACCAGUGACGCCAGUGACUGUCAACAUGGGAGGAGGUCUGCAUUUGAAAGAGCCCAAGAAGUUAGAGAAGGACUUACAGAAAUAUCUGGAUGAAUCAAAACAUGGUUGUAUCUACGUAAGCUUCGGAACAACAGUCAACAGUGCUUACCUAUCAGCCGAACAAAAAGAAAUAUUCACUAGUGUGUUUAAGGAUAUGGCACCAAUGAGGAUCCUUUGGAAAUUCGAUGAAGUGAAUAUAGCAAACAAACCCAAAAAUGUGGAAAUAAGAAAAUGGCUACCACAGCAAGACGUUCUCCGCCAUCCCAAUCUGAAGGCUUUCAUAACACAGGGAGGCUUGCAGUCUAUGGAAGAAGCCAUAGAUAGCGCAGUACCAAUGCUGGGAAUGCCAUUCUACGGGGAUCAAAACAAUAACGUCAACAAAAUGGCACAUAAAAAGUUUGGCUUGAAAUUGUCACCCAAAGAAAUGACUAAAGAAACUUUGAAAGCGGCCCUGAAGGAAGUUCUGGAGAAUCCGAUAUACAAGAAGAAUAUCGACAAACUAUCAGCUAUCUCGAAGGAUCAGCCAAUGAAAGGUCUUGAAAAAGCUGUUUGGUGGACAGAAUACGUACUGCGACAUGGUACACAGCACUUGAGGAGUCCAUCAGCUGAUAUACCUCUUUAUCAGUAUUACUUUUUAGAUGUUAUUGCAGUCCUCGCUAUUUGUGCAUACGUGAUGUACAAACUAACAAAGUAUCUCUUUUUAAGUUUAGUGAAUGUUGUACGAAAAUUAUUUAAUUGUUUCAUAGUUAAGAAGAAAAAAGAAUAAAUCACUGCAUCACUG